GAUCCCACACUCUUCGCUUUGACCUCACGACCAUUUCUCUGGACGUGCCAGACAAGAUCCUGGCUCUUGGGUACUUUGAUGAUAAGCCCUUCCUGCGCUACAAGGGGGACAACAGGACAGCAGAGGCUUUGACGCCCAGGUUCAAGGGACAUGCGGUAGAUGAGACCCAGGCAAGAGAGACUGAGGGCCUGUGGAAGGAGCAACUCAGAGCGAUGCUGGCUGAGGUCACAAGAGAGAGAAGCCAAGACAGGGGCCUUCACACCAUCCAGGUGACCUUUGGCUGUGAGCUUCAUAGGAACGGGAGCACUAGAGGCUUCUGGCACUUGGGCUAUGAUGGGCAGGACUCCAUCACAUUUGAUCAGAAGACUCUUGAGUGGACAAUGGCUGUGCCCUCCACCAAGAAGACCAAGAACUUCCGGGAGAUAUAUGCAUCCAAAGCUGCUCAAGUUAAGACUUUCUUGGAGGGCACAUGUCCUGCUCAGCUCCAGAAACACCUGGCUUCCUCAAAGAACUUUCUGCUGGAUACAGGUCCCCCGGAGGUGAAAGUGACCAGCAGGAAAUACUCAGAGGAUAGUAUCAGCCUGACAUGCUGUGCUUUUAAUCUGUAUCCUCCUGUGGCCAUCCUGGUCUGGCUUCAGGGUGGGAAGCCAGUACAGCAGCAGACCUUUGGGUCUGGGACCAUUCUGCCCAGUGGUGACGGGACCUACCAGACCUGGGUGUCUAUUUGGGUUCUUCCUGGACAGGAGCCAGAGUUCACCUGCUGCCUGAGGCACUGCAACAGAACCAUUGAUGCCCCUGUUUUCCUUG